CUGUGUGGUUAGUAGAAUUUGCAAUCGAACAGCCUGUAUUCAAGUAAACAGAGAUGCUUAUUGAUUUUAUAUGUUAACUAUAAGGUGGCAUCAGAGAGGAGAUAGUGUCUCUUCCAGAGCAUUACAUCUUACACACUUUAAUAAUAAAAUAAAGAUUGGAACAGUUUUAUAAAAUGUGUUAAUCUCUCACUUUUUUUUUCUAGGGUAUUACUGUUACCAAUGACAACGAAAGCAAACUUUCCUGUGGCAGCAGGAUCUGUAGUUGUACCUUACGGGCAUGUGAUUGCAAAUGAGAAGUGGAGAGGGUCACAGAUAGCCCAAAGGCUGCAAGGGAAAAUUAGACUCAUCUUUGAAGAUGACUUGGGACUUGUGGAUUUUCAUAUUUCAAACAGAAUUUGCAUUUUAUACAUUUCUGAAGCAGAUGUGGUUGCAGGGGAUGAAUUCAAACGAAGAUUGGUUCGGUUUAGAAAUGCCAGUAGUCUUGGGGGAAUUGUAAUUAUAGAGAAAACUCAAAUAAGUGAUCAGUACUUCUCAGCAGUACAAAAGCUUGUUGUGCUAGAACUUGGAAUGGUGUUGCUUCCUGUGGCAAAUCAAGGAGAAGCUUCUCAACUUAUUAUUCAGCUAGUUGGUGAACAAAGUAAGGAUCACAGCAGUAACCCCUUUCUCCAUAAACAACGUUCUGGCCUGGCAGAGCCAUCGAUGUUAAGGACGGUGCAACAAAUUCCAGGAGUUGGGAAAACAAAAGCUCUACGUUUACUGCAACAGUUUGGAAGCAUCCACCGGCUUUGCAAUGCAUCUGUGGAAGAGCUUCAGCUAGUAGUUGGACAAAGGGCAGCACAACAAAUCCGCACUUUUUUAUGUUCUUGACAGGCACAUGUAGUGCUGUUUUAGGAAACAGACUUUUUGUUUGUUUCUUAGAAUUAUAAAAUUUUGUUUUCAAUAAUAGUGUAUUAUGGCAAUUUCUAUAAUCCUGGUAACAGUUGGAAGGUGUUGACUGAUUAUCUAGGUAUUCUGCUACUACUGCUUUAGAGCUGUUCUACCCAUGUGGAUUAAGCUGUAAAAAUCGCUUUGGGAAGAGGGCUGUAAAGUGUUUUGCAUCUGUGUUGUACAAAAACAAGAGAGAAGGCAGUCUUUUUCAGCAUCCAUGGAAAAAUACAGAGAAGCAAUUUGCUUGCCUGCUUUCAUCUUCCUGAAGUAAACACCUUGUUAUAAUACUGGGAGGUGUGAUCUUCUCAGUAGUUAGAGAUGUGAGUUACAGUGCAUCUGUUGCUUUAUAGUAAUAUAUAUUAGAACAUUUUGAAAUUCCUUUGGGAAGUCCUACAGGAAUAAAUGUUUGACUUUAUUCUAA